AUGUGCCACUUUCAGGUCUCCUCACACACUGCUGGUGUGUAGAAUUUUUUGACAUAGGGUGCUGGCAGAUUACGGGCCUCCCAUAGCUGCUGCCAGGCCCCUAAUCUGCCAUAGGCCCCUAUAUACCGCCUCCUCAUGCUGCUGCCAGGUCCAGAGUCUCUCAUGGGUCCCUGUACGGCCUCCCAUUGCUGCUGUCUCCAUCGCCACACUCUGCCAUGUGCCACUUUCAGGUCUCCUCACACUCCUGCUGGUUUCCAUUUUGUCAUAGGGUGCUGUAUGGCCUCCCAUUGCUGCUGCCUCCACCGCCACACUGUGGCUCCAAACACUGGUUUUGGCCCCGUGACUGGCCAAAUGAGUGAAGUGUGCGGUGAUUCUAAGAUCGACGGCACUCAUCUGCAUGUCAUACUGACUGACAGUAUUAUUUCUCCUUCCCCAGCAGACUCCAAGGCAUUUAAAUUAAAGGUACAGUGUUCUGCACUAAUAUUA